AUGAACUCUGCUGGUUUACAGGACUCUCAGCGUUGUAACUCCCCGCCGCUUUGUGCCAAGGCAGCUCCGCAAGUCUCCGAGAUGGCAGUCUACUGCGACAACUUCAACAUUUACCACCCCCACCAGCACCAGGCUGGCUACCCGCUGGCGGAAUACCCCGGCACUGCCAGCUCUUACCUGUGGCUGAACGGGGCUGCCGGGGGAUCACCGGCUCCUUACCUGCACACCCAGAGCCCCGGGCCGUUCCCGGCGCCUCCGCAGUUCGUGCCCGCUGCUCCCUCCUCGGGCACCUCCUGCCCGGCUUUCGGAGCUGGCAGCGGGUCGCACGGAGCUGGGGAGCUGAACUGGCUUUCCUUCGCCAGUCAGGAGGAGCUGCUCAAACUGGUCCGGCCCCCUUACUCCUACUCAGCCCUGAUCGCCAUGGCUAUCCAGAACGCCCCGGACAAGAAGCUCACCCUCAGCCAGAUCUACCAGUACGUGGCCGAGAACUUCCCGUUCUACAAGAAAAGCAAGGCUGGCUGGCAGAACUCCAUUCGCCACAACCUCUCCCUCAACGACUGCUUCAAGAAGGUGCCCAGGGACGAGGACGAUCCAGGGAAAGGGAAUUAUUGGACUCUGGAUCCUAACUGCGAGAAGAUGUUUGACAAUGGGAACUUUCGCCGGAAGAGAAAGCGGAGAACCGACUCCAACUCGGGCCUAGGCGGCUCGCUCACUGGCAAGCCCCAGGACAAUGCAGCAGCUCUCGGUAUGAAGGUAACCGAGAGCCCGCCGCUCUUGCUGGAAACCACCUCGCCGGAGCCGGAGCAUUCACGGGGCUCCAGCGACGACCCGAAACCUUCCACGCCGUCGUCCAGCCCUUGUCUGAACAAUUUCUUCAACAGCAUGGCCGGCGUGGGCAGUGGCACCAUCAGUAGGCAAGUGUCCAUGGGCCUUGCCAAUGACUUCUUCCAAAGGAAUGCGUCUGCACUCGGUUCCUACUCGUCCAACAGCAGCUUAUCCUCGCAGGAAGCCAGCGAGGUGACGGACUCCUUUCACUUCAACCGCGCGGGUUAUUACAACACUUUCUCGGGAGGUCAAACAAACCAAUUCAACAGCCACUUCUACAACACCUUCAGUGUCAACAGUUUGAUUUAUCCCCGAGAGGGAACGGAGGUCUGA